UGGGGCCUCACUCGGUGUGGAGGCGCUGGGCGAGACACAACGACCUCUCGCUUCCUCCGCUCGCCUGUGCUCGCGCGACACGGCUGCUGCGAACCAGCGGUUUCCCGUCGGAGGUGCAGUUCGGUCGUUUCCUCUCCCGUGAAGGACUCGCAGUGAAUUUUCCUGAUUUACAGAUUUUUUCCUUGAGACGUUUGAGUUCGGAACUUUGGUAAAAUGCAGGGAAUUGCACUGAGCGUGGCACUGUGCCUUGCUACGGUGUCAGCGCUGCCACUGGAGGAGAUCACCGCGUCUGACAGGGAAGGAAAAGGAUUCGUUGGCUUCUCCUUGUUCCCUCCUCCGGCACGCGUGGAACCGGUCGAGUGCAUCGCGAGUAACAACUUGCUAAACAUCGGCACUUGUUACAACCAGCAGGCGUGUAGCGAUGCCGGGGGCGUGGCUUCGGGCAAGUGCAGUACUGGCGGCGUGUGCUGCGUCGUGCCGGCGGUGUGUGGCGGGAUAGUCGCUCGAAACAGGACUUGGUUCGUCAACAAAGAUUUUCCCAAAAAGUCUCGCGAUCCAGGAGAUUGUGUUAUCACGAUCAAGAAGUUCGCGAAAAGGGUGAAGCAAGUGCGCCUGGACUUCGAGGCGCUGCAGCUGGAAAGCCCGAGACUCGGCCGCUGCCUGAGUGACUCCCUGAUGGUGCGCAGGAGUGCCAAGGGGCGUAGCGAGGUCGAGGUCGUGCCGUCCCUCUGCGGAGACAACACGGGGCAGCAUGUGUACGUGGACGUCGGCGAGGAGGAGAGCGAGGUGAAGGUGCACGUGAGGUUGCAACAGACGCUGGGCAGGAAUAGCCCGGAUAGAGAGUGGCGCAUUUUGGUUACGCAGGUCGACGAUGGUAAUACAGCACCUGAGGGUUGUCUGCAGUACCACCGCCAGAUGUCUUCCCGCGUCCGGUCUCUUAACUACGACGACAACUUUUCAGACAGUCUCAACUACGACAUCUGUUUCGACAAGUUGGAAAGGGCGAAGAGCGCCGAGGACGCCUGCACGAGGAAAGUCACAAACCUGGAGGUCACACAGCCCUCGGGAACCUAUCGCCAGUUGAGUCGCGCAAGGAGGAGCUCCAAAUCGCGUGAGCUGACCGACCGAGCGCCGCCAGCUCAAUCUACCACUGAUGGCCAAGGGGACGUCAGCGAUGCCUUCUCUGAUGUCAUCAGCCUGGUCUCUAAGACGGUGGAAGAGCUGCGCAGCGAAGCUGGCAAGAACGGGGGCAACAACGCCGAAAUCAAGGACAAGAAUUCUCUGCCGUUCCUCCUCGCGCAGCUGACAGCAGAUGCUCAGGACACUACGACGCUCAAGGUCGAGUCCAGCGACCAGAGCCCAACGACGGCCAAGGCCGACGAGGAGGCAGCGGCGGCCACGCAGAGCGCGCCCGAGGUGCUCCCGAUCCUCUACUCAGAGGGGAACGAGGGCGUCAUCAGCCAGAUCCAGCAGGUGGUUCAGCAGCUGCAGCAAGAGCAAUUAGGGGUGGCGGCCAUGACAGUGAACGGGGAUGCCGACUCUGUGAUCGUCUCUGCCGAGGAACCGAAGUCUCCCGCAAGGGCCCCACAGGCGGAGGAAGGCGUAAGGCGACCCGAGAAGGAGCAAGCGGAAGCAGAGAUACCAGCCUCGCUCGACAACAUAUCCAACCUCGUCGGAAACCUCUUGGACACGAAUGGAAUCGCGCCCACGACCAGCUCGCCCGAACCGGUGACGGACAACCUCGCCGUCGAAGGCUUCGUGUCCGAGACGGUUCUGACGCCUAGCGGCUCCCCGGUCAGGAUUCCUCAGGAUCGAGUUCAGGAUGAUCGCGCGGACCAGGAGUCCUCUGCUCCGGCAAAUGGAAUGCUCGGCUUCGGCGGGGAUGCGAGCAGCGUGGACAUGAUGCUGGAGAUGAUGAAGGAUCAGUUCCUCUCAGAGUACCUUGGGAGCGAUAGCCCCGCGGAAGCAGGCGCAGAUCAAGGCGCUGCUGAUGCCCAGAAAUCGAGCGCAGACAUGAACAGGGCCAAGGAAACGCCACAGAGCGCUGGCGCCAAGACCUCGGGCAGCACCCAGGCCGAGAUCACAGUGCUCGACCCGGAGGCCGUGCAGCACCUGGGGGACCUCGUCCUCAUCGAUCGCUCUGGAGGCGACGUAGCCGAGGACGAGGCGACGGCCAGGACAGAGGCUGUGGACGACCUUUCCACCUUGUCCAGCACGGAGCCCACGGCGGUUGCUGACGGACUGACAACAGCCUCGUCCUCAUCAGCGCCUUCGACAACCACUGUCAAACCUACGACGUCAACUACCACACCAGCUACAGCACCUUCAACUACAACAACGCCUGCUACAUCAGCCACAACGCCUGCAACCACCACAACAUCUACCACAACCCCUGCAACCACCACAUCUACCACAACCCCUGCAACCACCACAACAUCUACCACAACGCCUGCAACUACCACGUCUACCACAACGCCUGCAACUACCACAACAUCUACCACAACGCCUGCAACUACCACAACGUCUACCACAACCCCUGCAACUACCACAACGUCUACCACAACCCCUGCAACUACCACAACGUCUACCACAACGCCUGCAACUACCACAACGUCUACAACUCCAGCAACUACAACACCUGCAGCCACAACCACGCCUACAACUACCACAUCAUCUACAACCACGCCUGCGACAACAUCUACGACCACAACCACCACCACUACCACAACCACCCCCACCUCUACCACGACCACCACCACCUCUACCGCAACCACCCCCACCUCUACCACAGCUACUCCGCAGACAGCCGCCACCCCAGCUGCGCCCAGGCCGACCUCCGCGACCCCGCAGGAGGAGGGCGGAUCGCAGGUCGAGUGGCUCAUCCUCAGUGACGACGACCCGGCUCCGAGCGAAGGCGUCGCCGCGCCCCUCGUCCCCCCGGAGGUCGUCAUCAGUUCCGGCAUCGGCUUCGGUUCUAACAACAAGGACAGCACGGACAAGGACAACACGGACAAGGACAACACGGACAAGGACGAGAACGGCGCCUCUAUGGGAACUCGAGUGGAAGACGUAGGCAGUCUUGCGUCGGAUGACGUCGUGAGCGUCGUCGAGGUGGUGAUGCCCACGGAUGACGGUGCUGCUGCGGGUUCUGAUGACGGUGCAAUGGGAGACGACCAGGUCAUGUCAGUCGUGGAGGUUAUCAUGCCAGGGGCCGCAGGGAGUGUCGCUGAGGAGGGAAGCGACUCGGCAGGAACGGCAACUGCUGAGGAUAACGCCGUGGAGAACACCCUCAAAGACGCAGCUGCAAUGGAGGAUGAAAUCGGUAUGGAAACGGACAGCGUCGCCUCCGUCGUUGAGGUCAUCAUGCCCGGAGAGGGUGAAACUGGCGCCGGUGACCAGAACAGUGAUCAGUCGGCAGAUGUGGUGGGUAUCGUAGAAGUUAUUAUGCCCACAGACGGCGACAAAGCACCAAUGGACGUGGUACCUGAGGCCCUUGACGAUGCCCCGGUUACAGAAGCCAUCGAAGCAGCCACUGAACCAAGCAAGGAAACGACCGCUGAAGGUGACAAGUCGACCGUUGCUGAGGAACCUGAAAGUAACAAUCAGGAAACAGAAGCAGAGGAGGAAGUAAUCGACCUGACUCCUGAGGAAGAAUGCGGAGGGGCCUUCCUUCAGGUGCGCGAGAAUAUCAUCUGCGGAGGUCGGCUUCGAGGCGAAAACGUAUUCAAGGAUGAUAACAUAGAGGAUGAACGCUUCAGGGACGUCGAGAGGGUGUCGAUUCGCACAAUGGAAAACGCCUCGCGUCGACUCCGCUUCUCCUUCGACUACGAGACUGACUGCCCCGUGCCCAAGACAACGACGACCAAGCCCCCGGUUCGCAAGACGGUGACGCUGCUACAGUACCUCCUCGGCUGGUAUCGGUAGGGGUCGCAACAGGAGCAGACGACGUGCGCAGCAGGUUCUUCGGCAAGGACGUGGACAAUGCAUCUCUUGGCCUGGAUUUACUGACGGUUAAUCAAGCCUGUUGAUUUCUAUUUUUAAAAAGUUGUGAACGUGUUUGAGAAAUGUUGGAAUGUGUAAAAGUGUACAUAACUUUUUUUUUUGGCGAGUGAGUGUUGUGUUUGAGUUUAAGAGCAUUUUUACGGAGAAUUCAUAUUACAAAUUAACUACUAUUGACUCGUUAAUUUAUUGCAUAUUGAAAAUUAUGCAGUUUUAAAAAGAGUUCACUGUGACAGAUGUAGAAAAGUCUAGGAUGAAUAACACGAUCUAUUAACACGUUUCAAUUUAAUGUUCGUCGGGUUUACAUGAAAUUUAGAUGAAGAUUUAACCGAAACGUGUCGAUUACACCAAAAACACUGCGACGUUAUUCAUUCUAUAUACUUUCUUAAGCAUUUUUUCUGUCCGGUAUCACAUUCUUAAAGUGUAAACAACACUCAUAGUGAGUGUGUAUAAAAUUCUUUAAAAGAAAUUCGAUGUAAAAUCACAAAAAGCUCUUAACUUGAGUAGCUUGCAUAACUGCUGUUUAGUUUUAGUGUAAUGUACAGUAUUUAUUGCCUUUACCUAUUUAUUUAUCAAAAUCCCUAAUUUAUAAAUUUUCUCUUAUUUAUAAACCAAACCCAAUGAAAAAUAUUACUGCAUAAUACUAACUGAAUAUUGGCAAAUGUUUGAUUUCUUUUUCUAAAACAAUCCAAUAUUUACUUUAAACUUAAAUUUGGUGGAUAUAUAUUUGGUAUAAAUUAACUUGUAUGCUCAUUUAUUUCCAUUUACGAAAGGAUAGAAAUUCGGGAUUCUUGAAAACGGGAAUUUUGUAAAUAUCUUUUUUUACAUGUUGAUUUUUUAAAAAUCUUUUGUAUAUUUCCUCUUAUCAUGUGGUAAUAUUUGUUUCAGGAAUUCUUUGAAAGUUGGGCAUUUUUACUUUCAGACAACUGAUGCCAUAAUAUAAAAUAUUAAUUGCACCAGUAAUGCAGUUUUUAAAUUAUGGUUUGUCACAAUCUUUAAAGUUUGUGAGGAAUUCUGAAAGACUCAAGCUUCUGUUUAAUAAAAAUGAAAAACUUCC